CUCUCUCUCUCUGUCUGCUCUCUCUCUCCCUCCCUCUCUCUCCUCUCUCUCUCUCACCCCUCGUCAAUGGCGAAGCUCCAUAACCCUAGCUUAUCCUCGGAGCUCCCCACCCCUCCACCCAAUCCUUAACUCCCGUAUCCUCUCGUCCUCUUCUUCCUCCUCCUUUCCUUCUUCUUCUUCUUCUUCUUCUUGUUCUUCGCGAGGUGAGGCGAAGGAGUGAGGUGGGGGGAGGGAGAUGAGUAGCGCGGCGGCGGCGGCGGCGGAGGUGGAAGCGGCGGCGGGGGGGUGGAGGGCGCCGUUCACGGCGUCGCAGUGGGUGGAGCUGGAGCACCAGGCGCUCAUCUUCAAGUACCUCAUGGCCGGGGUCCCCGUGCCCCCCGAUCUCCUCGUCCCCAUCCGCAGGAGCUUCGACGCGCUCCCCGCUCGCUACUACCACCCCCACCACCACUACCACCACGCCGCCCUGGAUUACUACUCAUACUAUGGGAAGAAGCUGGAUCCUGAGCCGGGGCGAUGCCGCAGGACCGAUGGUAAGAAGUGGCGGUGCUCCAAGGAUGCGUACCCUGGAUCGAAGUACUGCGAGCGCCACAUGCACCGUGGCCGAAACCGUUCAAGAAAGCCUGUGGAAUCCCAAACAACCGCGUCCUCGCAGUCGCAGUCGGCCUCGUCAUCGACCGUGACAGGUGGCGACGGGGCCGGCGGCAGCAGCGGCGGAAGCUUCAGGACUUCGCCCCUGCCGUCUUUGACAGCUAGUAAUAGUCCCCAGGUUUCGUACCUUGGCAGGGCUAGUUCCUCUCGGCUGCAAAUGGAUUCCACUCCUUAUGGCAUCAAAUAUAUUUCUGGAGCUAAAACCGAGGUGGGUGAGCAUAGUUUCUUCUCAGAAGCUUCUGGAAGUACGAGGGGCCUCAGAAUGGACUCAUCCGUCAAUAACUCAUGGCGCCUGAUGCCAUCCUCUCAUGAUGCAUCCUCCUUUCCCUUAAUGGAAACAAGAGAGAAUUCUAUAUUGGAUAGCACUUCGUCUCCCCUUCAUCACCCAAUGCACAUCAAUUCACUGUCACUACAGCAGCAGCAGCAGUACUCUUUUCUUGGAAGCGGUUUCUCUUCAGCGAAUCCGGUGGUGAAGCCUGAAAACCAACCACUGCGACCUUUCUUCGAUGAGUGGCCUAGGACAAAGGAUUCAUGGUCUGACAUAGAGGAUGAGAGAUCGAACCGGACUUCUCUCUCUACAACUCAGCUCUCAAUUUCCAUUCCGAUGGUCUCCUCUGCCUUCUCCACCACAUCCUCCAGAUCCCCAAAUGAUGACUGAAGAAUAUGCGGCUUUGGCUUCUUGCAGUAAGCUGAACUGCUGAAGAUGUGGCCGGGUUGAUAACUGUUUAAGGCCUUUUUGUAAUCUUCGCUAAUGAUUAAGAUCCUGAGUUUGUUGUCUGAGGUUGGUUUAAAUCCUCUUAAUGUUGUCGUUGUUGUUGUUGUUUUUUGGUUUUUUUUUUUUUUUUCUAUCUUAAUGUACCAAAAACUAACUUUGGAACUCCAUUCGGAGAAGUUGAAUGCCUGUUUCGUAGACAGUUAAAUGCACGUACUAAGUGACUGUUUUGUCU